AUGCCAGCAGUAACGGCUGGUGUGUUUGCAUGUUUUCCCUUAUCAAUUUUGUUCUAUGACUUUCCAUCUGUAUGUACGUAUCUAUUUAUUUAUGUGCAUUUACCACGGAAAUGUAUGGUCUGUCAUGGGUGUCCUUUUUUUUUUUUUUUUUUUGGUUUAUUCGUGGUAAGGGGUGUUAUCUUCAACUGCCCAAAUCCGCUAUCAAGCGCGAGUGGAUUAGGCGGGGAAAAGGGAGGAGGAAGGUCACCAACAAGAAGACAGAGAAGAAAGAUAUAUAUAUAUAUAUAUAUUAGAGAAGGGCAGAAUUCGAUAAGGCCUGCUGUCGACCGUUGCGGCGACUCAAUGAUGCAUAGAAAUAUUCAUGGUGGAACUACUAGUGCUACUAUUGCUAAUACUGAUAGUGCUCUGUUGAGCCCUCCUCCCCACACUAACGUACCACCACUACCAGCCGGGAUGGAUCCAACGUAUUAUGCAUUGAGUCUUCUGCGUCGCCGUCGUCUGGAGGAGUGCAUCGCCGUCUCGACGCAAUAUCUCGCUGUCUUCAAUGAAAAGAUGAGACUGACAUCGUCCAUGCCGCAGAAACAGGCAGAUGGUGUGGAUGAGCCGUUGUGGUUCAUACAGACACGAGCUCUUAUUACGCAGGACUGGUUUGAUGAACUUGACGUGGAUAAUGACGGCGUGGAUGAAGUGCUACUGGAUGGGGAACAAAACAUAUCCUCCACUGCACAUCGUCCGGGUACAUCCCUGCAGCGGAAGGACACCCCAACAGGGACAACAAUCCCCACAGGCAUGGCGCAGCGACAGGGCACGGCACGCCCCAUCAGCAGUCGUUACGGCUACGUGCGGCCGGGGACACAAAGCAGAAACCGUCCAGGCACAAUGUCUAUCCGACCCAUCACAUCACGCAUGAUGCGCAUUGGCACAGCGUCGUUGCAGGCUGUCCCUGGUGGCCCUCAUAUAGACGUGCGGAAUUUAAAUCUUGAGAAGUAUGGUCGUGCGAAUCCGAUUGUGGCGAGGAUUCUGUGCGACUUUUUGCUCCACGUGGAGCACCGGCCGAGAAUGGUGCUGGAACUUGGGGCCAUCGCACUGGAGCAGCAGCCGAAGGAUUGGUGGUGGAUGUCACGUAUGGGUCAGGCGUACUAUCGUCUGGGUCUUUUACGCGAGGCGGAACGUAUGUUUAAGGGGGCGCUCACAAUUCAGGAAAAUGUCGCAGAUGUCAUGCGACUCGCGAAGGUGUUUACGAAGAUGGAUCAACCCCUCAAAGCACUGGAUCUGCUUUCCGAAGCCUCGAAGAAAAAUCCCAUGGAUCAUCACCUCCUCCUUCACAUGGCACGCCUGUACGAUCAGCUGCAGGAUGCGGAGAAGUCGUGCCAGUUAUACCGCCGUGUGUUGCAGUUGGAUAGUAGCAACAUGGAGUCCAUUGCCUGCAUUGCGGCGUAUAUGUUUUACGAAAAAAAGCAACCGGAGAUUGCGUUGCGUUUGUACCGUCGUCUUUUGCAAAUGGGCGUGCAGACAACCGAGCUCUGGAACAAUUUAGGUCUUUGUUGCUUCUACAGCUCCCAGUACGAUAUCGCCCUCAGUUGUCUGCAGCGAGCCGUAGCCAUCUCGACGGAGGACGAGACGUUGGCAGAUGUGUGGUAUAACAUUGGGCAUAUUGGAAUUGGCACCGGCGACUUGGGCCUUGCGCACCGCGCAUUUAAAGUUGCCCUGGGCGCUAACCCCCGUCACGCCGAAGCGCUCAACAAUCUUGCGGUGCUGAAUUUAAAUAUAGGUCAAGUGGACCAGGCCAUGAAUGAUCUUGCCAUGGCCAUUGAAGUAUCGCCAGAACAGCAUGAACCGCUUUACAACUUCGCCCUCCUUGCGUUUAAAGCGGGGAAUUUUGAGAAGGCGUAUAAACUGCUGACGCAGGCACUGGAAGCAUGUCCGGAUCACCCUGAGAGUGCCUUACUCCAAGCAACACUACGAAAAUCGUUAGCGACGUUGUGA